UUUCGAUAUCGUAUUCUCUAACGUAACUUUACAAAUACGCGUUUUUGCUUGAUUUUAAAGUGAUAAUUAUUAUAGAAAUAUUUUCAUUAUUAUAGAAAACCAUUCCAAAUUCUCCCAUUAAUGAUUUUUUGUUAUUAGUUCGUCUCGAAGAAGCAAUACUGUAAACCCCUGACCCAGUAAUAUAAAAAGAAAAAGAGAUAGAGAUAAUUAAACCGGAAACUCAAAACUCUAACCGGAAUUCAAGCCCCUCAUGUCUUCUAUUUUCCAAACAGAUUCUCAAACAAUUGAUCUAUACAAAGUCGCUCGUGUUGACUUGAAAUUUUCAUUAGAAAAUGUUUAAUUCAUUUAUUAAUGCAACACGCGUAGUAAGGUUCAUACGAGGAAUAUAAAUUACGACAAUUUGCUUACAAAUGGGGAGAGCUAAGAAAAGAAGUGCAGAGGUACCCUAUAAAAUAAAAAAGGAUGAAGAUUCUGUUGAAAAUAAAGAUUUACCAUUCACCAAAUUACCUGCAAAAUAUAUUUUAAUGCGUGUUAACAGUGGUACAAAGAUAGAAAAUGUUUUAAGGUAUGCACUAGAGGAAUUUCCGAAGUUUAAAAAUAUUAUCUGGUGUGGAAUUGGAAAAGCUGUCUAUAAAGUUAUUUCUUGUAGUGAAAUUUUUAAAAUUAAGAAUCCAGGAUUAUAUCAAAUAAAUAAAUUACGUUACGUUGUAGCAAAAACUAAGGAAGGAGAUAAUCAAUCGGUACCAGAAAUUCAUAUUUUGUUAUCGAAAGAAGCUCAAGAUACUACAGAACUUGGAUAUCAAGCACCGGGUGAUUCUGGACAAUUCAAUCUUCAAGGGAAUGCUAAUUCAAUGGAACCAGAUUUUAUAGAUUUGGAUCUAGAUAAGAGUAACACUUCUGAGGACGAUAAUAAUAGUAAUGCAAUUAAUAUUGAUUCAGAAACCUCUUCUACUAUGGAGUUAAAAUUUGGAAAGAAGAGGUCAAAUAAAAAUUCAUUGACGUCAUUGAAUCAAAAAAAAAGAAAAACCGAAGAAAGAGAAUAAUAAAAAGGUAUAAGAUUCUAAUAUAUUUUCAUUAUUGCAUUUAUUACGGUUAUAUAAUUUAACAUAUUGUAAUUAAUUAGAUAUAUAAAUGCUAUCAGAAAAACAAAAGAAAAAGUAAACAUUCCUUACUCGAUUGCUUUUAUCUUAAAGCUGUUAGAGAAUAUCGAUAUUUAUAAUACAGAUACAUUAUUUAAUACAAACACAUGUAUAAGAAAUAUUAAAUUUUCUUUCUUCCA